AAUUCAAAUCCUGUGAUUUGAAAUCAAAUCUUUGUGUGUAGUGUCCGGACUCUCUGUGGCCCUCUCCGUAUGUGAGCCUGAGCAAAGCUCUUUCCAGUUUCCUUGGACUCGGUGACGUCUGAGACAUCUUCUGACUGAAUUUGUGAUUACAUGUGGGCUCUGCCAUCCGAAUCUCCCCCUUGUGUCCCAGCGUCCCCCUUCCGACGUCUGUCUGGGGCCGUUUCUGAACGCGGCGAUAUUUCAAAGAAAGAAGAAAAAAAGAAGUUGCCCUCAUUUGUAGCAACAGGAUGAGAAAGUGCAAGGUUUCCUGUUGUGUGUGUGUGUGUGACAGCUGUUGAUAAGCGGAGGGCCCCGGACAGGAAAUCUGCUUCGCCCCUGCAGGGUGACCUGGGUGCAGCAUCAGAGCUCCUUUCGACUCGAGCGGGGACGGGAUGACACGGUGCCCCCCGAAACAUGGGGGACACUGUGGAGAAAAGCCUGGAGGGCCCCCUCACCCCUCUGGACGAGGGCCACUCCAGGAAGAGGGGAGACCUGGUGGAGAUCCUGAACGGUGAAAAAGUGAAAUUUGAUGACACGGAGCUCUCGAGAAUUCUUCAGAACGGCCUGGAGAACCUCCGGCUGGAGAACUCCCUGACCGAUGUCAUCCUGUGUGUGGACGUUCAGGAGUUCUCCUGCCACCGGGCGGUGCUCGCUGCGGCCAGCAAUUACUUCAGGGCCAUGUUCUGUAAUGACUUAAAGGAGAAAUAUGAGAAGAAAAUCAUCAUCAAAGGCGUGGAUGCAGAAACUAUGAAUAUUCUCUUAGACUAUACAUACACAAGUAAGGCUCUCAUUACCAAACAGAAUGUCCAACGUUUGGAAGCUGCCAGCCUCUUCCAGUUCCUCAGGAUGGUAGAUGCCUGUGCUACUUUUCUCACUGAAGCCCUCAACCCCGAAAACUGUGUCGGGAUAUUGAGGCUGGCAGACGCACACUCCCUGGACCACUUAAAGAAGCAAGUUCAAGGCUACAUCAUUCAGAAUUUCACCCAAAUCUUGAAUUAUGACGAGUUCCUGGAGCUGCCGGUGGACACCCUCCACCAUACCCUGAAGAGCGACGACCUCUACGUCACCGAGGAGUCCCAAGUGUUCGAGAUGGUGAUGUGCUGGGUCCGGCACAAACAGUCGGAGAGGCUCGGUUUGCUCCCGCGCAUCCUCGAAAACGUCCGCUUGCCGCUUUUGGACCCCUGGUACUUUGUGGAGACGGUGGAAACGGACCCGCUCAUCCGACAGAGCCCCGAGGUCUUCGCGCUUCUACAGGAGGCGAGGAUGUACCACCUGUCGGGCAACGAGAUCAUUUCUGAGAGAACCAAGCCCCGGAUGCAUGAGUUCCAGUCGGAGGUGUUUAUGAUCAUUGGAGGGUGCACGAAAGAUGAGAAGUUCGUGGCCGAAGUGACCUGCCUGGACCCGCUGAGGCGAAGCCGCCUGGAAGUGGCCAAGCUCCCCAUUACUGAGCAGGAACCGGAGAGCGAGAGCAAGAAAUGGGUGGAGUUUGCCUGCGUGACCUUAAAAAACGAAGUCUACAUAUCGGGUGGUAAGGAAACACAACAGGAUGUCUGGAAAUAUAAUUCUUCCAUCAACAAGUGGAUCCAAAUCGAGUAUUUAAAUAUCGGUCGAUGGAGACACAAGAUGGCGGUUCUGGGCGGCAAAGUCUAUGUCAUUGGCGGCUUUGAUGGUCUACAGAGAAUUAAUAAUGUGGAAACCUAUGACCCUUUUCAUAACUGCUGGUCGGAGGCAGCCCCUCUCCUGAUCCAUGUGAGCUCCUUUGCGGCUGCCAGCCACAAGAAGAAGCUGUAUGUGAUUGGGGGAGGUCCCAAUGGAAAACUGGCAACGGACAAGACUCAGUGUUACGAUGCUUCGGCCAACAAAUGGUGUCUGAAGUCUUCUAUGCCGGUGGAGGCCAAGUGCAUCAAUGCCGUCAGCUUCCGGGACCACAUUUACGUUGUGGGCGGGGCCAUGAAGGCCUUGUAUUCGUACAGCCCGGUGGAGGACAGCUGGUGCUUGGUGACCCAGUUCAGCCAGGAGCGGGCCAGCUGCGGGAUCUCCCCUUGUAACAACCGACUGUACAUCACCGGCGGGCGGGAUGAAAAGAACGAGGUUAUUGCCACGGUGCUAUGCUGGGACACAGAGACCCAGAAGCUGACCGAGGAGUGCGUGCUGCCCCGGGGGGUCUCUCACCACGGCAGCGUGACCAUUAGGAAGUCCUACACCCACAUCAGGCGGAUCGUCCCGGGUGCGGUUUCAGUCUGAUGGGACAAGGGACGAGGGACUGGGGAGGGCAUCUAACGGUAUUUACUAUUUAUAUGGUGUUUUAAGGUUUACAAAGCCCUUGUCUCCUGGCAACCCUGUGGGGGAAGCCGUGCAAGGGUCAUGAUCCACAGCAGAUGCAAAAGGAGCAGCCAUGGGAUCCGAUUCUGAAGGGGUGGUCAGUGUCAGAGGUGGGAUUUGCACCCAGACCUCUUGAGGCGAAGCCCAACGCUCUAGGGAAAAGGAAUGGCUGCCUAAGCACACAACCUACUUUCCAGAGGGGCAGGCUUGGGUUCAAGUUCAAGUAUCUUUUUUUCGAACAGUGCAUUUGGUCCCUACCAUUGGAAUGGCUUCUGGAUGCCGUCAUUAGCCAAGGCUUCCAAAUUCAUCAAGACUUUUCCAAUUCUUUGACUACUUUGGGGCAUCAAUGCCAAAGCAUUGGUUCAUUUUUGGCAAAAAGAGAGGAAAAUCCAAAAGGAAAUUUCAGAAAAGAACAGUCUUCAUCCCAAUCAAACACAUUUAAGACAUUUAGUUCUCUCCUCUGCUUUUGGGAAAUUUCAAGCCCCAAAUUCUGUUUCAUUAACAUGUGAUUUUUGUUUUCAUUUUUGUUUGUUGUUGCUGUUGUUUUUCAUUUUUUUUUAAACUUUCAAUGUGUAGGGUUUUUUUUUGCAAGUGUGACAACUUUAUUUAUAGAACUUGGUGAUAACUUGGUGCCUCUCUGUGCAGCCUUCAUCCUGAUCAAACACAUUUAAGUCAUUUAGUUCUCCCAUAUCUUUUUGGGAAAUUUCAAGCCAAACAUCCUGUUUCAUUAAUGUGUGAUUUUUGUUUUCAUUUUUGUUCGUUUUUAAACUCUUUUUUUUUUAACUGUUUCGAUGUGUGGGCUUUGUUUUGUUUUGCAAGUGUGACAACCUUAUUUAUAGAACUUGGUGAUGAUUUGGUGUAACUCCCUGUGCAACCUUCAUCCUGAUCAAACACAUUUAAGACAUUUAGCUCUCCCAUAUCCUUUUGGGAAAUUCAGGUCGAAAAUCCUAUUCCAUGAGUGUGUAAUUUUUAUUUUCAUUUUUGUUUGUUGUUGUUUUUUAAGACUUUAAAAAAAACUGUUUCAAUGUGUGGGCCUUUGUUCCAUUUUGUUUUGCAAGUGUGACAACCUUAUUUAUAGAACUUGGUGAUGACUCUGUGUGCCUCCCUGUGAUGUCAUUAUGAUACUUGUGUGGGAGACACUCCUAAAUUGUCAAAAGAAUGCAGAAAUGUAUGUCUGUUUGCUUGAAUAACCCCCAUUGCAGAUGAGAACAAUCUGAUUUCUUUUCUGUUGGAGUUUUGGGACCUGCCCCAUGUAUUAAUCAUGAAAGGAAAGGAAUUAUGGCUUUAUUUCUGUUUUGAAACCAAACACAUUGGUCGAGGAUGGAGCUGGCCUCCAGGCCACAAGGCAGGAAGCCUAACCGAGAUACACUACCUGGUUUCUUUCCUCUUGGCGGAGGUUGGGGGAAAAGUUUGGGAACUACCUCUCUGCUGGGAAAGGACGGAAAUGUGCGUGGUGUUUUCUCCCAUCCUCCCAUCUCUGCUUUGGGCUAAAGGACAGGUUGGAACAUUUGCCCCAAAACUGCCCUUUCUUUAUCACGUUGGGUACAGAGCUGUGGAAUUCUCGCAGCACGAAGCACCUACUCUACAGUAGGCUCCAUGCUAGGUGCAGGGGUACAAAGACCAACGUGAAGAUGUCCUUGCCCUCAGGAGUUUGCAUUCUAUUGGGGUUGGAGAGAAGGGUUGAGCCAAGAGGUUGGGAGCAAUGAGGGGGAGGCAGGAAGUGAUGUGUUCUGCAUUUGGAAAGAAUUUCAACAUUUAGAGCUAGAAGGGAGCUUGAGACUUCCAUUUUACAGAGAAGCAAAUCAUAAAAGAGAGGCAGGUGAGUGGAUAGAACUGUAGUUGGAAUUAGGAAGACUUCAAGUUCCAGUUCCUCAAGUGUGCCUCAGUUUUCUUAUCUGAAAAAUUGUGGGAGGGGUCAACUUGAUAGGCUCUCAGUUCCUUCCAAGCUCUAAAGUCUACGAUCCCAUGUAUUGAGGUACAGAAAAGGCAAGUGAUUUGCCAAUGUGAUACUAAUGGAAGACCCAGGUUUUCUGACUCCAGAUCAUUAUUCUUUUCACAAUACCAUGCUACCUCCCAACAAGACCCUCCUAGGCAGGUAAAUCAGCCUAGGUGAAGCCUCAAGACACUCUGCGAAAGAGAGCUUGUGCCAGGAAAGUCAAACCAGCACUUUGACCACCAUCACCCCUUUGAUGCUGAUGAAGAUAGGACCGUAGCCCCAGAGCUUUGGGAAUGUUUCCAACCCACUGCCCUUUGCCAUCAUCCUGGGACGAUAUAACUUGGCAGCUGCUUUUUAGAUGCUACAUCCACAACUCCUGAAGAAGUCCAGAAGAAAGUUCUUGUCACCAAAGGCCAUGAUGCUACCAAAUGAUUCCCCUUCAUAGAAUUUGGUAAAAAUGACAUUUAGCAAGAGGCAUGUCUGCUCCAUCCUGAGGCUCAUGAGACCUUCGCCCUUGACUUGAAGCUGAUCAUUCUUAAUGUGUUGUCUUCCCUCAUUAGAAUGUGAACUCUUUGAGGAAGGGAUUGUCUUCCUUUUCUAUCCGUAUCGCCAGCAUUUAAUAUAAUGCUUUGUAUACACUAAGUGCUUUGUAAAUGCUUAAUUCAUUGAUUCAUUCAUUCUAGAUAUGGAGGAUAAUGUGGACCAAGGCAUGGAAAUAGGAAAAGCUCUCAAUUUCAAGUUCUGUUACAAUCUGAGAAAAUUCACUUUAAGAGAAUUUGAUAUAUUUUUAUUGAUUUUUGGCAGCUGGCCAAUGACUUCAAAGAAAUAAGUACAAAUCCUGGCAGCUUUGACUGUUCCAUCUUGGGAUCAACAGGUUUCUAGAAUCAAGGUCUGAAAUCGUUUCCUUGAAGACAAUACUCCCCCUGUCCCUCCCUCCCCCCCUCCCUCCCUCUCUCUUUCUUUAUCCCUCUCCCUAUCCCGCCCUCCUUCUCCUCUUUUUCCCUCCCUUUCCCUUCUCUCACAGUAAAUGUGCUCUGUUUAUUUAAAAGACAAAAAUAUAUAUUAUAGUUAAGCCAAAGUAUACUUUCUUUUGGAAAGAGUUAUAAGCAAACUUAGUAGUCACAAAAAUGAGAAAACAGCAGCAAUGGGCUGAGUCAUUUUUUCCCCAUCACUAUACAAGUUCAUCUUAUAAUGUCCCUUACUCUAUUUUAGAGGGAAAAAAAGCAAAAAAUUUUAAAAUUUUAAAAUGAAAUUUGGAAUACAUUAUCUUUUAAUCCUCAUCACUAAAUUGCUGACCAUAUACCUUUCUGGGGCAUUGCCUUCAAGUCUGUAUGUCUUGAUUCAAUAUUUCAAGGACAAUGAAUAAUUCAAUUUGCUUUGCUCUUGCCAAGAUUGCUUAGGAAACAAGUUGAUUCAGAAAAUUGGGGACAUCAAAUAAAACAUCGUAUUUUAUUCUGUCUUUUAUUCCUGGUGAGUUCACUACAUCAGACAUUGUGUUUUUUUUUUUUUUUCCUUUCGCCAAGUGAAACUUCAGCUUAUUUAUAGAACUUAAUGGAGUGGAUGGAGUAUUACUAGGUUUUGCUGUUGAUGGCAAACCAUAGGCUCCUUUCCAUGUUCUGUAGGCACCUUGUCAUGAUAUUGCUAGAAGAAGGAAAUGGUAAGAAAAAAAGAAAAACAUUAAUGAAGAAAGAAAGAAGAAAUUUUAUUUUGUUAAUCUUCUGGGUGUGAAGGAUGACUUCUUAACUUAAGGAAGACCCUCUACCUUAAGAACAGGCAUUAAAAUAUUGACAGUUUUGGGCAGCUAGGUGGCAUAGUGGAUAGAGCACCAGCCCUGAAGUCAGGAGGAUGUGAGUUCAAAUCUGGCUUCAGACACUUAACCACUUUCUAGCUGUUUAACCCUGGGCAAGUCACUUAACCCCGAUUGCCUCAGCAAAUAUACAUAUUUAUAUUGACAGUCUAGGUUUCUGCUAUAAACAGAGGGAUGUAUGAAAUUCAUACAUAUUUAUAGAAUAUUUAAAGACAUCACUUAACACCACUUAAGAGACACUACUGAUGAUUUGUUAAAUUUAAUUUUUAAUUUUAAUUGACAUCAUUUAUUUUUUUCGUCAGCUACAUUUCUUCUCUUCAUGCCUCCCAUAUUUUUUCUUUCUCUUUUUUCCUAAAAAAAACAGUCCUCAUAGCAAAGAAUAAAAUAGAGAAGAAACCAUUUCAGUGGAACAAACCCUUCAUCCAAAUAUAGUGUUCUAUGCAGUGAUUCAUACCCAUAGCCCCCCACUUCCUUGAAAAAAGGAGGAGAUGAAUUCUUAUUUCUCUUCUUUGGAGCCAAGUUUGGUCAUUAUGAUUCUAUAGGUUAUUGUAGUCAUUGUGUAUAUUGUUUUUUCUUGUUCUGCUUUUUUCAUUAUGAUUCUAUAGGUUAUUGUAGUCAUUGUGUAUAUUGUUUUUUCUUGUUCUGCUUUUUUCAUAGAAAUCUUCCUUGACUUCUCUAUAUUUAUCAUCAUGUCUUAUGCUGCCACCAUAUCCUAUUGCAUUCAUGUAGCACAACUUGCUUAAUCAUCCUUCAAUUGAUGGGCACCUAUUUUGUUUUCUUUGUCACCAUAAAAAAGUCCCAUAAUAAAUAUUUUGAUAUUCAAGGUGUCCUAAAAGCCUUAGUGAAAUUAGUGAAAUAUCUUAUUAGAUAACUUAAUAAAAAAUAACCAAUGAAAGCUGAAAACUGCACUAAGACUUUUGAGGACCUUUAAUUUUGUCAGUGAUAUCUUUGAAAUAGAUAAUAGUCAAAACACAAUGAUUGAAUAGCAGUAGACUAGGUUGCAUGCUAGGAAUAAAAAGAUAAAGGAGUCACUAAUCAACCAAUUGAUCAAUCGAACAACUAUUUAUUAAGCACCUACUCUGUGCCAGACAUUGUGCUAGGUAAUGGUCAUACAAAGAUCGAAACAAUCCCAACUCUUAAGGAGAUUGCAUUCUAAUGAGGCAGAUCAUAUGUAGGGAAAGCAUUUAUUAAGGGCUUCUAAUAUGCCAAACAUUGUGCUAUCUAGAAAAUAGGGUAUAUAUAUAUAUGUAUAUAUAUAUUAAACCAUAUUUAACAUAUAUUGGAUUAUUUGCCAUCUAGGGGAUGGAGGGGAAAAUUGGAACACAAGGUUUUGCAAGGGUUAAUGUUAAAAAAAUUAUCCAUUAUCCAUAUGUUUUAAAAAUAAAAAGCUUUAAUUAAAAAAAGAAAGAAAAAUUGGGUUAUAAUUUGGGAUUAGAGAUAGGAAAAAAAACAAGUCCUUGCUAAAAUGGAAUGGACAUUCCACUAGGGGGAGACAACACAUGAAGUUGUCCUCACCUAUGUUCUGUUCAAAGCAGACCUGAUGACAUAAUUAGGCAGGGAAGUAGCAAGAUGGAUGAUAAAGCUCCAAGUACCUUGGACAGUAAUGGAAAGACUGAUGGUCCCCAACCAAGAAGGGAGUGGAGUCAAGGGACCAAGUAGGAUGGAGUCAUGGCAGACCUCCAAAAGAGGGGGUUUGAGAAGAUCAGAGCUCAGCUGAUAAUGGCCAUUCUACAGUGAGAACUGGGCAAUUUGGCAAUGAGGACUGACUUGGGGAAGAGAAGGCAUCCCUCAGCAUCAGUAGGUAGCCAUGGCUCUUCUUUGGGUCACUAGUUAACAGGCUGUAGAGGGGAAAGGAAGGUCCUCUGCAUCCCCAUCCCCAGUGAUGAAGGCUGCUCUGCUCAUCAAGAGCCAAGUAUAAAUAGCUCAAAAUAGUUACAUGUAAGGUAACUAGGAAGAGAGGAACCCAGUAAUGGCGGAGAUCAGGAAAGGUUUCCUACAGAAUGAGGUGGCUGAGCUGAGACUUGAAGGAAGAGGGAGAUCCUCUGAGGCAGAUGAGAAGGGGGUGUUUUCCAGGCACUGGAGAGAGCCAGUUAGCCUAGAAAUGAAGUUCUAGUGACAGAAAGAGAGACAGAUACAUAAGUAAGGAUUUACUCGAGCUGAAAUAAGUGCUUAGUACAAAUAGAGGGAUAAGUUCAAUUGGAGGAGGGAAAUAAAUUGGAGGUGUAUGUGUGGAAGAGCAAUUAGUUAAAGUUUCACAGAAAAUAAGGUUCCUAACUUGGGCUUUGGAAGAAAAUCAAGAAGACUACUACUAGGUCUGUAUCCCAAAAGAGAUAAAAAACAAAAAGGAAAAUGACAUCUAUGUACAAAAAUAUUUAUAGUAGCUCUUUUUUGGGGGGACAAAGAUUUGGAAAUUGAGAGGAUGCCCAUCAAUUGGGGAGUGAUUGAACAAAUUGUGGUACAUAAUUAUUAUUGAAUACUAUUGUGCUAUAAAAAAUGAGCAGGAUGCUCUCAGACUUCCAUGAGCUCAUGCAAAGUGAAAUGUACUAUACACAAAGUAACAACAGUUUUGUAAAAUGAGCAGCCAUGUAGGAUAUAACUAUUCUCAGCAAUACGAUGACCCAAGAUAACACUGAAGGAUUUAUGAAAAAUGCUAUCCAUCCCAGAGAAAAAAGUAAUGGAGCCUGAAUACAAAUUGAAGCAAAAUAAUUGAGGUUUGGGGGGGUUUUUUGGUCUAUGUUUUCUUUUUACAACAUGACUAUCAUGGAAAUAUUUUGCAUGACUACACAUGAAUAACCUGUAUUCUCAAUAAGAAGGGAAAUGGGAAGAGAAUCUGGAACUCAAAAGCUAGGAAAUGCCAUCCUAAAUGCUCCUAGUGCACAAUUAGGGGUCCACCCUCAGUUUAUGUGUCCCCUUUGGGGGCUGCUGUCAGAGACUCCUGAUUGUUGGAUCAUUUCUUUCUCUCAGCCUGGGGAAUUUAGUGGAAAAAACCUCACCAAUCCAAACACUCAUUACAUACCUAUAAGAUAUCAUUUACAGAAAGGAGGGAUUCAGAACACAAAUUCAAAAGUAAGACAAUCUCUGCCCUCUAGGAGUUUACAUUUAUUGUUCAUAGAAGCUUUCCUGUUACCAUAGAGGUGUGUUUGAGAGUCCCAGCAAUAACACCAAUUAACUGUUGGGUAGUUACAGGAAGUGAUAAACAAAGCAUAUAUAUAUAUAUAUAUAUAUACUUUCCUUCCCUCACUCUACCCCAUACAUUUUUGCUCUUCUUUUUUUCCUCUUUCUUUCUGUACCUUACACCUCGGCUCAACAAGAUGGCUAAUCAUCACCUUCCCUCAACAGGAAGGCAAGGCAACUGAGCUGUGGGAACAGGGAGGCAGCUGCUACCCCAAUGGUUCUAAUGAAGGAAUUGACUUCUACUCCUUAUGGAGAUGGGAAGAAUUUUUUAAAAGAUGGAUGCUUGUUACAAAUGUCACCCUUUCCCAAUGAUCUGCCUCUGAUUAUUUCAUUUUUAAAUCAAAACCUUCUAGAGUUUGCAUUUGUCUUUCUUGAAGUCAUAUUGACUAUUGAUAUGUCUGAAAAGGACCAACUUGUCUUUAAUUUUUUUUAAAUUAUGAAGAUAGUAACUAUCCUUCUCACCCAUCCAAUAACUAUUCUGUUUGAGGUGUUGGUAUAAUCAUCCCUCAAUUACAAUUUCAAAGGCUCUCCCAAGUCAGUUCUCUCCCAAGCCAAUAAUCUUUGAGAACUCAGUUGUCUUUAUUAGUUCCAAGUGGGCUGGGAGAAAGCCCAUGUGGUCAGCUCAGGGAAAGAAGGUGAAACUAAAAUGAGCCUCUCCUAUUACCAUCAGUAAAAUAUUUGAUGCGGAUGAAAGUGAGACUUUAUUGAUGUGGGAGAGCACCCCUGGCACUUCCUGCUGGAGCCUACUCAAGGGGAAAACUUCAAUAUCUAAGAUUGCAAAGGCCCUUGGGAAUUAUUUACUGGUACAUAUCUUUUUUUUUAAGUCUUAUUUAUGUAUUUUGAUCUAUAAAUAAACCUACAUUGCCUCUGAA